AUCUUUGUGUUAGUGUUGACAGUAUAGUUUGUGUCUUCUGUUUUUCGUGCUUUUCACUGGUAAAAGGAAAUUACAUAGUGCUGUCGAAGUGUUUAUUUUACGUUGUAUUUCUUUAUCUAAACGACAAACUGUCUAAAUUUAUAUAGACUAUUUGUGAUUUCAAAUUACUUAGUGAAUAAUAAACAAUCAUCAAAAUGUCUUCAAAGUAAGUUUACACAACUAGGGGAAAUACUUUAAAUUCCCGUGUUUACUUGAUUUUAUAGUUAACACCAUUCAAAACAUAAGUGUACACACAAUUGGAUUUGGUAUAAUAAAUAACUAAAAAUACCUUUUCUUACGGAAUUGGAUAGCUAAUAUAAAAUUUAAUAUUUCUAUGCACUCGAUAACAAAUUGAGACCAAUCAAUUUGAUAUUUUAUUGGCCACUUAUAAAUUUGAAACACGUGAUUAACCAAUAUUUAGUCUAAAAAACUUUGUGUGUCACUUCUGUUACUGAAGAUUUAUUGAUUUUUUUGCAUCUACCUAAAAUCUACACAUCUCAAUACCUGAUAUCAGUGCGGGAUUUACUGGGGGAGGGGACCUAAACCUACAGAAAAAAAAAUGAUUUUGGAAAUCCGCCACUAUCCAAUAUUUAUGAUUUUUGGAACUCAAAAUUUUUCUUUCUUACAUAAUUAUAAUUGUAUCUUAAUGUUUCAUACAAUGAGAUGAAAAUUCAUCAAUUACCAACAACACAUUUAAUAUAAUACAUUUUAGUUGAUAGAUAUAACUUAUUAGACGAUUAUCUACCAUACAUUUUAGAAAAUAGAGACUUUUUUAAUAUAAUUAGACAAAUUUGUUCUCAGUAGGAGACUAGGGAUGGUUUAGACGCUGUUUUCUUUCUUUCUUGAAUCUAAUACAGGUAGCUUAAAAUUAUUUCCCUUUAUAUUAGCUUUUAAAAUAACACAGUUUUCCAGAAUCCAGUCACAAAUUUAAACUUAGCUUUGUCCAUAGUAUCUCUGUACCUGCGGAUACUGUGGUCUGUAGAUAUUACCUAGGGAGUUAGGGGUAUAAUGGAUAUCACCAAAAAAUAUUAAGAAAUAUGAACUGUGUAUUACCUUUUAAUUUUGAUAAAUUACUUUGUAAUAAUAAUAAUAUUUAUUUAUUUGUUUAUUAUAAAAUGACCUUAUAGUUAUCAAAGUCCUCAUAAUCAAAUAAUAAUAAAGAGUUAGCACAUGCGUGUCCUUUAUAUUUCUAUCAUGAGUAUGUGGGAUAGAUGAUUCAUCUGUUAAAAAAUAUUUGUUACAUUUUUUUUUUUUUUAAUAUGUCGAUAAAAUCUUUCUUGGCACUUGACCAAAAUUGUACAAAUUAAAUAAUAAAUUAUUUUAUUUUCCUCAGUAAAAACUUUCACAAAUGCAUAUUUAUUUAUGUCUUCUUUUUUAUUAAUUGAAUGCAAACUUGUUCAUCUUUAAAUCUUAAGGUUUAGUGAAGAAUGUUAAUUCUUACACUGCUGCCUUUUAUUUACUAUUUUUUUGUAUUUUCACUUUUGUUCUAUUUAUUGUUUUUUCUUUUUGCCUUCUAUUUCUAUGCAUUUUUCUCGGAUGUAUGUAAAAAGUGAUGACGUUACAUCAGUCACAUUGCCCAUGUAUCCUCAAAUAGAAAAAAAUAAAUAGGAAAUCUACACAAAAAUAUAAAAUUCAAGCAUUUAGUUUUACCACUGUAAUAUAGAUAUAUCUAUUGAAUUGUUCUCCUCAUAUCAAAAUAAUUAUAAUGCACAAAUUUUAUUUGAAUAACUAAAAUUUUGUAUGCAGUUGGCUAUAAUUUAUAUCAGAGUAUCAAUUUCUCUNUUUUUUUUUUUUUUUUUUUUUUUAUCUGGUAUUCGUUUAGGAGUACUUAAUAUUACUAAUGUUUUGUAAUUAUUUUUUUGUAUUACAGUUAUUAAUAAUUAUCAAAAAUGUUCAUGAUUACAAUAUCUAUGAGUUGGGGGUAUUUUUUCUCCCUCUCUCUAAUUUAUUUAAACACCCAACACUAGACACAGUUAACAGAUCCUAUAUAAAAGAAUUUAUUAUGUUCAAUGAAUUUUAUAAUUUUGAAAUAUUAUGUACACCAUUGUUAAUAAUGAAUUCUAUUAUGAAUCGUUUUAUAUUUGUUAUUUAAAAAAAUAUAUAAUGUGUACCCUUUUUAUUUCUAAAUUUGUAUACAAAUAUAUUUUGUUUUUAAUUCUAGAGCGAGAAAAACUGUACAUAAGAAAAAGUCAGCUGGAGAGUCGAGUUCAAAAGGAAAGAAUAAGUUCAUUGUGGGAAAAAUUUUAGAUAAACGGUUGAAAAAUAAAAAAGUUGAGUAUUUUUUGAAAUGGAAAAAUUAUAAUUACAAACAUAAUACUUGGGAGCCUGUGGAAAAUCUUGAAUGUUUUGAUUUAAUUGAGAAAUAUGAAAAAAAAUGUAAACUGGAACGAAAAAAUAAGAAGUCCAAAGGAAAACCUGAACGUAAGCGUAAAAUAAUGAAUUCGACUAAUAUUAGUUAUAAUUUAAGACAGUCAUCAUCUGAUGCUGGCACAUCUAAAGAUACAACCGAAAUUACCCCACCUCAACCAAAAAGAGUUAAGAGUCAUAAAGUUGAUGAAGAGGACAAAGCAGCUAAUAAAAGUGAUGACAAUAAAAAAGUUGAUGCAGUAAAUGAACCGAACAAGAUAACUUUUAGAAGUGCAGAUAAUUUUAGCACUCCCAAGUAUUUCAAUAGGCAGGCCGAAAAAAUUAUCGGCGCUACUAGACAAAAUGGUCAAACAAUGUUCUUAAUAAAAUGGCGGUUGAUUGAAGAAGCAAAUUUAUUUUUAGCUGAAGAUGCCAACAUUUUGUUCCCCGAAAUUGUUAUUAAUUAUUAUGCGGGACAUAGUACAAUUGGUUCUAGUCUGCAACAUUCCCGUAAAAAACAAUAAUGGUCUUUAACUGUACCUAUUAUAAAUUUGAAUGAGGAUAAGUUAUAUUUAGCUCUUAUACAAAAUUAUUAAUCUUUGUAGUCGCAUAACUAUUUUAUUUUAUUAUAAUAAUUUAUGUUUAAAAUAGCAAUGAUCCAAUGGUUCACAGUGAUUGCUAUAUAUUAAAAAAUAAAGUUAACUAAAUAUAAGUUAAACAUUUUGAUUUAUUUAAAAGCUCUUGAAUAUUAAUGUAAUACUUAUUAAAAUAAUUAGUUUUUUCUUGUAUAACUUAUUAAUUUUAAUAUUUUACAUUGUUCAUGUCUUGUUUAUAUUAGGCAGAUAUAUUAUUAAAGACAGAUAGCUCAUCUACCAUCUGUGUGCUACAACUUUUAUUAGUACUUGAGUAAUUUGCAUAAGAAUCAAUGACAAAGAUUCUAACACUACAUUCCAUGGAUGAAAGCCAAAUGUUAAUAUUGAAUAUGCUAUCUAUCUGUUUAUUGCACAACCAAUUGUAUUGGUGAAUAAUAUAAAACAGAUAUGUAUAUAUAUCAUAUAUACAGAUAUAUGUAUAGUAUAGUUUAGUUCAGG